UGCAGCUGGAAUUGCAAUUUGAGGCGCUGCCUGGGCCGGGACAGGGAGUGGGAGGAAGCCGGAGCGCGGGGGGCUGCGCGGGGCCCCGCCGGGGACAGAGCCGCGGGGACAGAGCCGCGGGGACAGAGCCGCGGGGACAGAGCGGCCAGCCCGCGGGACACAGCCCGGGGGACAAAGCGGGGGCUGUCCCCAACCCGUGUCCUCCCCCACAGCGGCGGGCAGCGAGGCCAUGGCGAUGCUGCUGGAGCCCGGGAUGCAGAGCCUGCGGAUGAGUGCCAACGGCGAGCGGUGCCCGACGCCGUCCCCGCCCGGCUCCCCGGGGACACCCCACGACAGCUGCAGCAUCGCCCCCCUGACGCCGUCCCAGUCACCGCGGAGCGAGGCGCGUUCCCAGCAGGCCCCGUCCUUCUCCGUGGUGGUGGCCAUCGACUUUGGCACCACCUCCAGCGGUUACGCCUUCAGCUUCACCAGCGACCCCGAGGCCAUCCACAUGAUGAGGAAAUGGGAGGGGGGGGACCCGGGCGUGGCCAACCAGAAGACCCCCACCAGCCUCCUGCUGACCCCAGAGGGGACAUUCCACAGCUUCGGCUACACCGCCCGCGAUUACUACCACGACCUGGACCCCGAGGAGGCCCGCGAGUGGUUCUACUUCGAGAAGUUUAAGAUGAAGAUCCACAGCACCAGCGAUCUGACCAUGAAAACCGAGCUGGAAGCUGUCAACGGGAAGAAGAUGCCGGCGCUGGAGGUGUUCGCCCAUGCGCUGCGCUUCUUCAAGCAGCACGCGGUGCAGGAGCUGAAGGACCAGUGCCCAUCCCUGCCCGAGAACGAUGCCAUCCGCUGGGUCCUCACCGUGCCGGCCAUCUGGAAGCAGCCGGCCAAGCAGUUCAUGCGGGAAGCAGCCUACAAGGCCGGGCUGGUGUCCCCGGAGACACCGGAGCAGCUGCUGAUCGCGCUGGAGCCCGAGGCCGCCUCCAUUUACUGCCGGAAGCUGCGGCUGCACCAACUGAUCGAGCUGAGCUGCCGCCCCCCGGCCAACGGGGCCGAGCCCCCCCAAACCAUCGACUCCAGCUUCCGGCAGGCCCGGGAGCAGCUCCGGCGAUCCCGGCACAGCCGCACCUUCCUGGUGGAGUCGGGAGUGGGCGAGCUCUGGUCGGAGAUGCAGGCAGGUGACAGGUACAUCGUGGCCGAUUGUGGCGGGGGCACGGUGGAUUUGACCGUGCACCAGAUCGAGAAGCCGCAGGGGACGCUGAAGGAGCUCUACAAAGCCUCGGGAGGUCCCUACGGGGCCGUGGGCGUGGACCUGGCCUUUGAGAAGCUUCUGUGCCACAUAUUUGGGGACGAUUUCAUCGCCACCUUCAAGGCCAAGCGUCCGGCAGCCUGGGUGGACCUGACCAUCGCCUUCGAGGCACGGAAGCGCGCUGCAGCCCCGAGCCGCUCCAGCCCCCUCAACAUCUCCCUGCCCUUCUCCUUCAUCGACUUUUAUCGCAAACACCGCGGCCACAACGUGGAGACCGCGCUCCGCAAGAGCAAUGUCAACCUGGUGAAGUGGUCGUCCCAAGGGAUGCUGCGGAUGUCCCCAGAGGCCAUGAACGAGCUGUUCCAGCCAACCAUCACCCACAUCAUCCAGCACAUCGACACCCUCCUGAAGAAACCGGAGGUCCACGGCAUCAAAUUCCUGUUCCUGGUGGGUGGCUUCGCCGAGUCGGCCAUGCUGCAGCGGGCGGUGCAGGCCGCCUUCGGCCACUGCUGCCGGGUCAUCGUCCCGCAGGAUGUGGGGCUGACCAUCCUCAAAGGGGCCGUGCUCUUCGGCCUGGACCCCGGCGUGGUGCGGGUGCGCCGCUCCCCGCUCACCUACGGCGUGGGGGUCCUCAACAAGUUCGUGGAGGGCAAGCACCCCCGGGAGAAGCUGCUGGUCAAGGAGGGCAAGAACUGGUGCACCGACAUCUUUGAGAAGUUCGUGACCGUGGACCAGUCGGUGGCGUUGGGCGAGGUGGUCCAGCGGAGCUACUGCCCCGCCCGGCCCGGCCAGCGCCGGACCAUCAUCAACAUCUACUGCUGUGACACCGAUGACGUGGUGUACAUCACCGACCCCGGCGUCAGGAAGUGCGGCACCAUCAGCCUGGAGCUGGGGGACACGGGGGACGUGGGCCCGGCGCGGGGCCGGCGCGAGAUCCGCACCAGCAUGCAGUUCGGGGACACCGAGAUCAAGGUGACGGCGCUGGACACGCGCACGGCACGCAGCGUGAAGGCCACCAUUGACUUCCUGUCCAAUUGAGGGGCCCCUGGAAUGUGCCACCAUUGACUUCCUGUCCAACUGAGCGGCCCCUGGGAUGUGCCACCAUUGACUUCCUGUCCAAAUGGGACUACCCAGGAUGUGCCACCAUCAGCUUCCUGUCCAAAUGGGACUACCCAGGAUGUGCCACCAUCGACUUCCUGUCCAAAUGGGACUACCCAGGAUGUGCCACCAUCGACUUCCUGUCCAAAUGGGACUACCCAGGAUGUGCCACCAUCGACUUCCUGUCCAAAUGGCACUACCCAGGAUGUGCCACCAUUGACUUCCUGUCCAAUUGAGGGGCCCCUGGGAUGCGCCACCAUUGACUUCCUGUCCAAUUGAGGGGCCCCCAUGAUGGGGCACCAUCAAUAUCCUGUCCAACUGAGGGGACUCUGGGACAUGCCACCAUUGUCUUCCUGUGCAACUGAGACUAGCCAGGAUGUGCCACCAUCUACUUCCUGUCCAACUGAGACCUUCCUGGAGACUCCACCAUUGAAUUAAUCUCCAACUGAGACCCUCUGUCAUCAUGGGGACACCUCCAGGAUCUGCCACCCUUGACUUGCUCUCCAACUGAGGGGCCCUGGCAUUGUGGGGACAUCCCUGGAAUCUGACACGAUUGACUUCUGGUCCAAAUGAGACCUCCCUGGAAAUGCCACCACUGACUUCCUGUCCAACUGACAUGGGGACUACCAUUGUGGGGACCACUGGGAGAUGCCACCACUGACUUCACCUUCAACUGAGGCCAUCCUGGGAUCUGCCAGCACUGAAUCCUGUCCAACUGAGAGUCCCUGUCAUUGUGGGGACACCCCCAGGAGCUGCCACCAUCAACUUCCUGUCCAACUGAGGGGCCUUGGGAGAUGCCACCAUCAACUUCAUUUCUAGCUGAGACCCCGCCAACAUCAUGGGGACCAGUGGGACCUACCACCAUGGACUUCCUGUCCAACGGAAACCUUCCUGGAGAUGCCACCAUCGAUUUCCACCCCAGCUGAGACCUCCUGUCACUGUGGGGACCAUGCCAGGACCUGGCACCAUUGAUUCCCUCCCAGAGUGAGACCCCCUCCUUAUCCUGGGGACCCCAGUCCCUGUCCCCACCCUCUCCCAUCUUCCUUUAACUGGAAUUGGCCUCAUGACCCCUCCCCAUCCCGAACGAGGACUCUUUGGGAUUUUCCACCCAGGGGUGUCCCCUGUCCCUCUGGGCAGGUUCAUGGAGGGGAUCUGGGCUCCCAGCCCAUUCCCAGUGGGAUUUUAAUCCUUCCCAAGGUGGGAUUUUGUACUUUAACCCCCCCUCCCCAGGCAUGUAAGAUAUCUUUGUAUUUAUAUACAUAUAUAUAUAUAUAUAUUUGUAGGCACAUAAAACCUCCUGAAAUUGC